CACCACAGUCUCACGACCAUGUAGUGAGGCUGGGUCCAUGUUCCGUGCUGGACCCAAGGCCUCAAGGAGAUGUAAUAACCAGGGAGAGUGGGAGGAGGCAGAUCUGACCUCAUGUACCAUAGCUGAAAUAGAAGACCCGUUUGUACUUGUUUGGUUUGUGAUUGAUGCUGACACCCAUGCAGGCGAUCAAAACCAAGAUUUUAUUGAGAGUAUGAAGUCAGUUCUGAAAUUGAAUGGAGUGGCUUUCACACAAGUGAAUCUCAGCUCAGUGUACAUAGCCAGUGUAGCUCUCACAUUCCAAGUGGAUCUAGUGGAGGAAAACCAGAGCAGUAGUAUCUCUCAGUUGAACUCUUUUGUGAGCAGCUCAAACUUCUCUCAUUUCAGCAGCUACUCUGUCCUAGGAAAUGGG